UUUUCUUGCAACUGUACUUCCCUCUUAAUGUCCCUUCCUCUCUGUGAGCAGGGGCCCUGAGUUUGGGGCUCGAGGAGGGGGCCUCUCUGCAGUCAGGUGCCAUGGAGCUCCCCUGGCAGGAUGAGCUGUGCUGUGACUCACCCUCAGCCCACCUCACUAAGGAGGGAGAAAGCACACACACACCGGAGACAAACCGCUCUGAUUCAAACCCCCCGCACCAUCCCCUCUGCAGCUUCAGGAGCUCCACAACCAGAUCACACCCUCCUGAUCCCUCUGGAGGCACCUGUUUGGACAUUCUGUGCAAAAUUGAUGAGAACUGGGAAAAUCUAAUAUGUGAACUUCAGUCACACGGCCCACCAUCAACCACAAAGGCUGCUGGUGUCAUGGCAAUUAGCUUACAGAGUGUGUCUAUUUUUACUUUUGUCAGGUCGAAGAAAGAGGAGAAUGAUGGGAAUACACCGUAUGAUAAUCCUGUGAUCUGCAAGGCGGAGGUUCCAUUUAUGUGCUCGGUUGUUCUUGACGCUACGACAAGCUUUGUUACCGUGGUAACUGUCAGCCUUAACGACGCCAUCUCUCCCUCAGUUCUUCUCAGAAUUCCUCCCCGACCUGUGAGACCGAGUCCUCCAGUCAACCUGUCACACAUCCAGACCAUUAAGGCAGAACUGAUACUGCAGUGGGACGACCCCCCCCACUCUGAUACCGGUCGGCUGAGAUACGAAGUCCGGCACUCUCCUAACACCACUCACCCGGCCUGGCAGGUGGUGUCUGUGCCAGAAGAGCCCAGGCUGUCUCUGGAGCUGAAGCCCGAACUGACCUACACCAUCCAGGUCCGCUCCUCCGGCCUGGACAAGCCUCCACUGUGGAGCGAGUGGAGUGAACGUCACCACAUCUACCUGUACUCGGUGAGCUACAUCCCUCAGACAGUUGUAGCACGGUCUGGGGAAAAUGUCACGAUGUAUUGUGUCUUCAACGACCACAGCAUGAAUGCCAGCACGGCCACAUGGAUGCUCAACUUGAACCCCAAUCAGACGCUUAAUCGUAGUCUGUACCAUCCGCUCAACCAAUGGGUGAGCAAAAUCACAUUUCGUCCUUCAGAGACUCAGAUGUAUGCAGUGCUGCAGUGCAAGACUAAGAACUGGACCCAGGCACAAAGCCGGAUCUAUGUAGAAGGAGCAUACAUCAAAAUAAACUGUGAAACCAGUGGUGAUAUCGAUGCUAUGGAAUGUAGCUGGACGAACACGCUGUACACUAACCCUAAAAUCAGAUACCGGUGGGCUGACCUGCCGUGCGAUGUGAUGGAGAAGAGGGAACAAAGGGGGGAGGAAGUGGGGCAGACGGGGCCUCCUUGGCCUUCCUGCUUGCCGUUUCUUCGAACCAUGAAGACAAAGUGCACCUUCCAGCCACUGAGGAUGAACUGCUACAAGCUAUGGCUGGAGGUGCCCUCCCUGCUAGGGCCCAUCAGAUCUAAACCCAUCUACCUCACACCCACAGAUCAUGUGAAACCCCACGCCCCCACUAAUGUGAAGGCAGUGACCCGGAGCAGUGGGGUCCUAAACGUCACAUGGGAGCCUCCCUCUCUGCCCUCCGAUGGGCUCCAGUGUCAGUUUCGGUACCAGGCGCCCUCCGCUGUCAGAGCACAGCCAGAGUGGAAGGUCCAGAGUCCAGUGCGGGAGAGGUGGGCGGAGGCUGUAGUGUCGGACAUGUGCCGGGUGUACGUGGUGCAAGCACGCUGCAUGCACACCAAAGGCACCGGCUACUGGAGCGAGUGGAGCGAUUCAGUCUACUCCACUCCCCAGAACAGCAGAGCUCCUGAACGUGGCCCUGAUUUCUGGAGAAUCCUUCAAGAUGAUCCACACAGAAACCAGACUAAUGUUACUCUGCUAUUGGAACAUCUCCAAAUAUCCAUGCGCUCUUACUGUGUGGAUGGAUUUAUAGUGCAGUACCAGCCGUUGAGUGGCUCUGUGAGGAGGGAGCAGAUGGAGCUGGCCUCCUCCUACAGCUUCCAGUGGAACCAGGUUCCCCAAACUGUGACCGUGGAGGCCUACAACAAUCUGGGGAGCUCUGCUAACAACAUCAACAUGACACUGGAGAAACAGCCCAAACGUGAGUAAAGAUUUUCAUAUUGUGAAAAAUGUGUUUAUUUGUAUUUCUUCUGACCUUUUGAGAGAAGGAAUUAAACAUGUGUUCUCAUACACACAUCAAAGUCAACUU